GAGCCUCUCUCACACUUUUUACAUCCCCUCCUCAGAUCACGUACUCGGCCGCCUCCUCUGACCAUUCCUCCCUUCCUCUACUGAGAAAGCAGCAACAACACAAUUUCAUCUCUGAAGGUUGGGGAUACGCUUUCCAUUUUUAGGGGGGGUUGCCAAAUUAUUUCUCUUAAGCUUGAAAGUCAACUCAAAAGCCUCAAAGUGCAACAGAAGUAAAGGACCAUGAAUUGGCACUGGCUGCUUCUCUCUACCUUAUGUGUUCUCUCCUGCGGGAGAGGCACUUGGGCAGAAGAGGGUCUAGAUUUCCCUGAGUACGAUGGCAAGGACCGCGUGCAUGACCUCCACAUGAAGAACUACAAGGCAGUGAUGAAGAAGUACGAUGUAAUGGUGAUUCUGUACCACGAACCAGUCGAGGAUGACCGUGCAGCACAGAAGCAAUUCCAGAUGGAAGAGCUUAUUCUUGAGCUACUUACCAACCCGGCUGCCUUGACAUAUCAGCUUGCUGCUCAGGUCCUGGAAGAUCUUGAAGAUGAAGAUAUUGGAUUUGGUCUUGUGGAUACUGAAAAGGACGCUGCUCUUGCCAAAAAACUAGGUCUAGAUGAAGUGGACAGCAUUUAUGUUUUCACAGAAGAUGAAGUAAUUGAGUAUGAUGGAGAGCUGGCUGCUGACACAUUAGUUGAAUUUAUACUUGACGUGAUUGAGGAUCCUGUAGAGUUCAUUGAAGGGGAUCAUGAGUUGAGAGCUUUUGAGAACAUUGAUGAAGAGAUCAAGCUGGUGGGAUUCUUCAAGAAUGAAAAGUCUGAACAUUAUAAAGAGUAUGAAGACGCAGCUGAAGAAUUUCAUCCUUACAUCAAUUUCUUUGCCACUUUUGACCCAAAGAUUGCCAAGAAGUUGGACCUGAAACUAAAUGAGAUUGAUUUCUACGAACCUUUCAUGGACGAGCCCAUUUUGAUUCCUGGAAAGCCCUACACUGAGGAAGAGAUUGUUGACUUUAUUGAGGAGCAUGAGCGGCCAACUUUGAGAAAAUUGGAGCCCUACAACAUGUACGAAACAUGGGAGGAUGACAUGGAUGGAAUCCACAUUGUGGCCUUUGCUGAAGAAGAUGACCCAGAUGGCUAUGAAUUCCUUGAAAUCCUGAAGGAAGUUGCUGAGGACAACACUGAUAACCCAGACCUGAGCAUUCUCUGGAUCGACCCUGAUGAUUUCCCACUGAUGGUUCCUUACUGGGAGAAGACAUUUGACAUUGACCUCUCCAUGCCUCAGAUUGGUGUUGUGAACGUCACUGAUGCGGACAGUGUCUGGUUGGAAAUGGAUGAUGACGAUGAUUUACCAUCAGCAGAUGAACUGGAAGACUGGAUUGAAGAUGUGCUAGAAGGUGACAUCAAUACUGAGGAGGACGACGAUGACGAUGAUGACGACGACGAUGAUGACGACGAUGACGACGACGACGAUGACGACGAUGAUGAUGACGACGACGACGAUGGCGGCGGCGGCGAUGGCGACGACGGCGACGAUGGCGGCGGCGGCGGCGGCGGCGAGUCCUUUAAACUGCCCUAUGCCUUUUAUUCGAAAGUGGUUUCUGGUUAUCCACAUCUCUUUAACCAUCCAGCUUGA